AUGAUUAAUACAAACAUAACAGUAAUCAAAGAUUUCAUAAUACUUGGAUUUCCAGGACUUGACCAAAGAUAUUAUGGACCUCUCUCAACUCUUCUUUUCUUCAUCUACUUGGUAAUUCUAGUUGGAAAUAUUUUUAUUCUAAUUAUUGUUGGUGUUGAGAAGCAGCUUUAUAAGCCAACAUAUCUGAUCUUCUGCCAUCUGGCAAUGAAUGAUUUGUUAUUCGGGACAGUGACCUUACCAAAAAUGAUAUCCAGAUACUGGUGGGAUAACAAGAUCAUUUCUUUUGAUGGCUGCUUCACUCAGAUGUAUUUUGUUCAUUCCUUAGGAGCAAUUCAUUCUCUCCUUCUGCUGAUUAUGGCCCUUGAUCGUUUUAUUGCAGUGUGUUUUCCUUUUAAAUAUCCUGUUCUAAUUACAAACAACAUUGUUUCAAUGGCUUGUGGGUUUUCGUGGAUUGGGACUUUUCUUAGGAUGAUGGCAAUCGUUUUUCAUUCUCUGACUUUGACUUAUUGUAAUUCUAACAUCAUUGUGCAAUGCUAUUGUGAUCACAUUUCAAUUACAAACCUGGCUUGUAGUGGAGAUGUAACAUAUGUUAAGGCUGUUGCUGUCAGUCUUGCAAUGUUUAGUCUGUUGCUUCCACUUUCCUUUGUAAUCUUUUCCUAUAUUUCCAUCUUUGUAGUGGUUUUAAAAAGAACAGACCAGGAGGGGCGAUACAAAACCUUAUCAACUUGUACACCACAGUUGUUGAUUUCUUGCCUGUAUUACCUGCCAAGAUGUUUUGUUUAUCUAGCUCAUGCUACUGGGUUUUCUUUUAGUUUGGACAUCCGCAUUUUAUUGAUAUUGUUGUAUAGUCUUCUUCCUUGUGCUGUUAAUCCAAUAAUAUAUUGCUUCAAAACCAAACAUAUCAAAGAUAUUCUGAUGAAGAGAUUGAAAAGAUCCAUAGUUGGAGUGAAAUGA